UUGUUAAGUAGUUUCGGGAUUACAGGAGAAAGGCAGGAAUAUGAUGUUGGAAUAAAAAUCAGCCAUGGUUGAGUGGUGGAGCAGACCAGAUGGAUCGAAUCACCUAAUUCUGUUCCUGUGUCUUAUGUCUUACCAUGACUGAAUGAUGGCUCCUUCUUAUCCCAUAUCGUUUUGUGACGUGUGAGGGAUAAUAAAAGAUUGUUCACAGAGAUCAUUAUAUCUGCCUUCAACGUUUAAAUUUCAUAGACCUGAGGUGAGAGAUUUAUUGGAAGAAAAAAACCCAACUGGAAGCAAACUACAACUGAAGACAGGGGAACAUCAACAAGCGAACCAGCCCGAGGAUUGUGAGCAUCAACUGGGUAGAACUCAUCUGACUCAGAGAUUCCAGUGAUUCAGUCAGGAGAAAGUUUGGUCAAAAAGGACUAAAAUUUGUCUAACAGAACCUUAAACGCAACACACCAGUUUUGCCGUUCAUCUCCAAUAAGCAGUGGAGCAAGGGAUUCACCCAGUCAUCCUUCCUGCACAGACAGUGGGAAUGGAUUCACUCGGUCAUCUCAACUGAAAGUCCAUCAGCAAUUCCACACUGGAGCAAGGCCACUCCCCUGUUCUGUAUGUCAGAAAUUCUUCAGUUGGUCAUCCCACCUAUGGACACACCAGUCAGUUCACACUGAGGAGAUGCCGGCCACCUGCUGAGUUUGUGGGGAAAGAUUCAUUUCUGACCUGAUGGCUCACCAGCAAGUUCACACUGGGGAGCGGCCGUUCACCUGCUCAGAUUGUGGGAAGGGAUUCACUCGCUCAUCGAACCUACUGGCACACCAGUCAGUUCACACUGGGGAGAGGCCGUACACCUGCUCAGAAUGUGGGAAGGGAUUUGCUCGGUCAUCCAACCUGCAGGCACAUCGGUCAGUUCACACUGGGCAGAGGCCAUUCACCUGCUCUGACUGUGGGAAGGGAUUUAUUCUGUCAUCUCAACUGAAGGUACAUCAGCGAGUUCACACUGGGGAGAAGCCAUUCACCUGCUCAGACUGUGGGAAGGGAUUCAUUCUGUCAUCUCAACUGAAGAUACAUCGACGAGUUCACACUGGGGAGAGGCUGUUUACCUGCUCAGACUGCGGGAAGGGAUUCACUCGGUCCUGUCAACUGAAGGUACAUCAGCGAGUUCACACUGAAGAGAAGCCUUUCACCUGCUCAGUCUGUGGGAAGGGAUUUACUCAGUCUUCCCACCUACAGGCACACCGGUCAGUUCACACUGGGGAGUGGCCUUUCACCUGCUCAGACUGUGGGAAGGGGUUUACUCGGUCAUCUGGCCUAAAGACGCACCAAUCAGUUCACACUGGAGUGUGGCCGUUCACCUGCUCAGAAUGUGGGAAGGGGUUCUCUCAAUCAUCCAACCUUCUGGCUCACCAGUCAGUUCACACCAGGGAGAGGCCGUUUACCUGCUCAGACUGUGGGAAGGGAUUCACUUCAUCAUCUCACCUACUGAGACACCAGUCAGUUCACACUGGGGAGAGGCCAUUCAUCUGCACAGACUGUGGAAAGACAUUCACUCAGUUAUCCAGCUUACAGACACAUCAGGCAGCCCAUACUGGAAAGAAGCCAUUCACCUGCUCAGACUGUGGGAAAAGAUUCACUCACUCAUCCACCUUACAGAGACACCAGUCAGUUCACACAGGGGAGUGGCCGUUCAGCUGCUCAGACUGUGGGAAGGGAUUCACUCGGAGAUUUCAACUGAAGGUACAUCGGAGAGUUCACACUGGGGAGAGGCCGUUCACCUGCUCAGACUGUGGGAAGGGAUUCACACAGUUAGCUAGCCUACAAGCACAUCAGUCAGUUCACUCUGGGGUAAAGCCAUUCACCUGCUCGGACUGUGGGAAGGGAUUCGCUCAGUCUUCUCAACUGAAGGUGCAUCAGCAUGUACACACUAGGGAGAGGCCAUUCUCUUGCUCAGUCUGUGGGAAAGGAUUCACUUUGUCAUCUCACCUACUGACACACCAGUCAGUUCACACUGGGGAGAGGCCAUUUACCUGCUCAGAUUGUGGGAAGGGAUUCACUCAGUUCUCCAGUCUACAGACACACCAGUCAGCCCAUACGGGGAAAUGGCUAUUCAACUGCCCAGACUGUGGGAAAGGAUUCACUCACUCAUCCACCUUCCAGAGACACCAGUCAGUUCACGCUGGAGUAUGGCCGUUCACCUGCUCAGACUGUGGGAAGGGAUUCACUCGGUCAUUUCAACUAAAGGUCCAUCAGAGAGUUCACACUGGGGAGAGGCCUUUCACCUGUUCUUUGUGUGGGAAGGGAUUCACACAGUUAUCUAGCCUACAAGUACACCAGUUAGUUCAUACUGGAGAGAAACCAUUCACCUGCUCAGACUGUGGGAAAGGAUUCACUCAGUCAUCUCACCUGAAGCUACAUCUGCGAGUUCACACUGGAGAGAGGCCAUUCAACUGUUCAGACUGCGAGAAGGGAUUCACUCGGUCAUCUGACCUACUGGCACACCAGUCAGUCCACAUUGAGAAGAGGCCAUUCACUGCUCACACUGAGAGAAGGGAUUCAACCAGCUAUUUGGCCUAAGAGACACCAGCGAGUUCACAGCAGAGAUGUUGUUCACAUGCUGUGACUGUGGAAGGGAUUCAGUCACUUGUGUAACCUUACGACACAACUGAAUUCAGAGACGGUUUCAAGAAGUUUAAAACUGUAUUUCUCAUCCAGAUCUGCACUCUGGUUAAUGGGCAUGGGAGGAGUUUCUUCUGCUGCAUAUUCACCUUUAAUGGGACUGGAGUUUAAUAUUCUGGAUCUAAGACAAGUAAAUCAGUUCUAUUUUAAAUUCUGUCUCUGAUACCUAGUGAAUUUAUAAUACAACUAGUGUACAGUAGAGAGUCAACUCAGGCCAGCUGGACACGGCCAGUGAUUCUAUUCCACGACAGUCCUUUUAAAUCCUCCCCUGUUGUUCCCCUCUUGCUCUCCCUGUGGUCAUGGGUACCAAAGUCACCACUCUGUGGGUGAACAGGUUUCCCUUGAAUUUUCUGCAAAGUGAAGAAGAUGAGCUGACUGUAGUUCUGUCUGAGAUGUUCUUCACCCCUCAAAUUCUGGGCUGAGGAAGAAUGACUUUGGUAGUUAAUCUCCUUAUUCACGACUCAGUUCCACAUUAUGGUUCAUUUUCCCUGCUUCUACAGGGUUGUUAGAAAACACCACUGUACUCUAAAGACUGAAAGCAGAAUGGGAAACCAUUAGUUGGAUGUUCAACUGAGCAGGGUUAGAAACUAGAGGCAGGCCUGCACAGGGCAGAGUUUAGGGCUCUGGAGGAUGGUCAAGGUAAGAAUAUGUGAUGAGGAGAGGGGAAUCAGCCGCGGGGCGUGGCAACGAAUGACAGAGUAGCAACAUUAGGAAGCUGAUUAACAAAGGGAAUAAUUAUAUUGUCUGACUGAUGACACAAAUGAUGCCUGUUGUGAGGUGCUCCACUGGUCGAGGAAGAUGUGUGUGUUGGGAUGUGUGUUAUCUAUCAAGGAAGUUGUUCCUGCUUGUUUAUCCUGCAAUAUUAUAUCCUGAUGGUUAUUAUGGAUUGUCCUGUCUGAAAUAAUGUAUUGAUUAUUGUAUAAUUUGUAAGAUUUUGACUCUAAAACUGGAUCAGGCUUGAAUUGAUGGUGUCUUUAUGAAGUGAUGGAGGUCAUUCAUCAGUUUGUAUUUUAAAGCAUGAUUUUGUUGAAUGAUAUUUGCCAAGAUUGAGUUCAACUGCUGCAGGAUCCUGGAAUGUCUUGGAUUGUGUCUGGUUUCUCUUGGCAUUUUCUGCACUUACUACCUUGUUUGUAUUUUAUGUAUUGUUGAUUUGUUUGUGUUAACCACCUUUUCCUGUAAUUCCCUUGGUUUCUGGGUAGUGGUCCCUAACGCUCAGUCGGACACUCGAUGUUUCUUUGUCAACACCUUGUCUGCUCAGAUAAACCAAGGGAAUAACAGCAGGAUUCCUCUGUCCAAUCGAGUCUGCUCAGCCAUUCAAUUAUGGCUAAUCUUUAUUUGUCUCCUCCUCAACUCCAUUUCCCAACCAUUUCCCGGUAAUCUUUGAUGCCAUGUCAAAUCAAGAACCUAUCAUCUCUGCCUUAAAUACACCCAAUGACGUGGCCCCUGCAGCUGUGUGAGGCAACAGAUUCCAUCAAUUUACCACCCUCUGGCUAAAGAAAUUUCUCUGCAUCACUCGUUUGAAUGGACUCCCCUCUAUCCUGAAGCUGUGCCAUCUUCCUAACCGGAAGACCACAAUCUGUGUGGACUAGUGAUAAUAUCUCCUCCUCGCUGACGGUAAACACUGGCACACCUCAAGGAUGUGUGUUUAGCCCUCUGCUCUAUUCUCCAUACACACAUGACUGUGUGGCUAGGCAUAACUCAAAUAACAUUUACAAAUUUUCUGACAAUACAACAUUGUUAGAAUCUCAGGUGGUGAUGAGAGGGCGUACAGGAGUGAGAUAUGCCAACUAGUGGAGUGGCGUCGCUGUAAAACCUAGCACUCAACGUCAGUAAGCCAUAAGAGCUGAUUAUGAAUUUCAGGAAGGGUAAGACGAAGACUCACAUACCAAUCCUCACAGAGAGAUGAGAAGUGGAGAGAGUUCGCGUUUUUUCCCCUCGAAUAAGAACCUCUACAUGCGAGAUUCAUGUUGAUUUGCCCAUAAUUUACUGUUACCGUUACAAAAUAUUUCCCUACACUCCAAUUGGAAAAUUGGCAGAAAUUUCUAAUUGUGAAAAACAUUCCCUCGUAUUCCAGGUAUCACUCCUGAAAUGAUUUACUUUCUGAACGGCCCAUCCACAUUGAGUGCAGCGCUACUCUCGACAGUGGUGGGGAGAGAACAAUCCACCAUGUGGGAAUCUAAUCCAAGUUCUCAGCGGCACGGGGUUGAAUGAAAAAGAUUUAAAUGUGUUGGCAAUUCAAUAUAACACAUUUUUGUUACCAGUUUGGUGAUGUUUUAUUACUGUCCUGGCCAAAGCCCGACUAAAAUGUUCCAUAACCACAGACGCUGUAUCGGCCCGUGGUACUGGAGGCCUUUGAUCUUGUCUCCAUCUGUUUGCACAACACAAAUAAAAUGCUAGUGGGACACAGCAGGUCACGCAGCAUCUAAAGAGAGAAUCAUUGUCGACGUUUCGGGCCGAGACCCUUCAU